AUGCGACAACUCACGUGCCCCCGAGUGGCGUCAGUGGGCAACUGCGUUAUCGUUGUCUUUAAUUUUUUAUUCCCUAUAAAUAUUUUUCUGUUAGCGUUCACAAUAACACCAUGCGCCCGCAAUGAACCUCUUUUGGAGCGCUGUAUUAUAAACGCUGCGUAUCAAAUAAGGCCUUUACUAGUGCAUGGCAACUUGGGGGAUGGAUUCCCAACAUCCCCAUUAGAACCGUUGUCCUUAGAUAAUAUUGAACUGAAACUAAGCAGCCAAUUUCAAGCUGUUUUCAAAGAUCUUGAAGCCAACGGAGGGAACUAUACAGGGAAGUACUCGCUGCAUCUGAAUUUGCUACUCCCAGACAUAAAAGGAAAGGGAAACAUGCAGGGAUAUUGCGAAAACGCAAAAGCAUUCGUUAAAAUUCGUGGGUCUCGGUAUCUUCGAAAUGGCAAAGACUAUGUGAAAUUCAGCAAGAUGACCACACUGAUUGAUUUUAAGGAUUUUAAAUUAAAGCUGGCAAACCUGUUUAGCGGCGAUAGAUUUUUGGGAGACGUAGGAAAUAGUCUUAUUAACAACAAUCAAGAAUUAUAUCUGAAAGACAUUGCGCCAAGCCUGGAGCACGGUCUUUCUAAACAUUUUUUAGAUGUGGCAGAUAAAAUCCUUGCCAGUGCCACAUUCGAUGAGAUGUUCCCUCCUGGAAAGACGUUUGUCAGUCCGAUUACACACCCGCCCAGAUUACCAUUAUCGGGAGUCAGUCCAGCACUAUUUGAGCCCCCCUCUUUCAAGUUCAAAAUCCCAAAGGAAGUAUUUUACAUAAAGUGUCCUUUUAAAAUUGAUUUGAAUUAA